AUGGGUUACCUAAAACAGCUGGAUGUGGAGAACUUCAAGUCAUGGCGAGGGAAGCAAGUAAUUGGUCCUUUCAUGAAAUUUAACUGUAUUAUUGGCACCAACGGAUCUGGUAAGUCUAACGUGAUGGAUGCGCUGAGUUUUGUGAUGGGUGAGAGAGCCGCAACUCUCAGGGUGAAGCACACCAGGGACCUCAUCCACGGGGCACAUGUUGGCAAACCCGUAUCGGACACCGCCAGCGUGACCAUGCGAUACUGCCACGAAAGCGGGGAUGAGAUCAACUUUUGCCGGAACAUUUCAGGGGAUAACUCUGAGUACUGCAUUAAUGGCAAACAUGUGACAUUGGCCAAGUAUUCACAGGAACUUGAGAAGAUUGGCAUUGUGACCAAAGCCAGAAACUGUUUGGUGUUCCAGGGUGCAGUGGAAUCAAUUGCCAUGAAGAACCCCAAGGAGAGAACUAAGAUGUUUGAACGCAUCAGCCAGUCUUUGGAACUGGCAGGGGAGUAUGAUAAGAAGAAGGAAGCUUUGCUUAAGGCCAAGGAGGACACGCAGUAUCACUUCAACAAGAAAAGAGCUGCUGCUGCAGAGAAGAAACAAGUCUCUCUGGACAAAAUAGAGGCUCAGAAGUAUCAGGACCUGGUGGACGACCUGAACGCCAUCCGCCUGCAGCUCAGCCUGUGCCAGCUCUACCACAACAAGCAGGGCAUCCGCUCCCAGACAGAGACUCUGAAAGAGAUGCAGGGGGCCGCAGAGCAAGCCAAGGGCACACUGGAGAGGUGGGAGCAGGCGGUCAAGGCCCGGAAGAAAGAGCACGGGCGACUCACCAGAGAGCUGCAACAGAUCGAGAAGCAGAUCCGGGCCCAGGAGCAGACUCUGUCCCUGCGGAGGCCUCAGUACAUCAAGGCCAAGGUGAACACCUCCCACCACAUGAAGAAGGCCGCAGAGGCUCGCGGGGCCCUGCAGAAGUGCCAGAGGCUGAUGACCAAGAAAGAAGAGGAGCUGGCCGACUACCGCCAGGACCUGGACAAGUUGGAGAGGGCCUGGAGGAACUACGAGAGGAAGGUGCAGGAAGAGAGGUCCUCUUGUGGGGUCGACAUCACCCUGGAGGACGAACAGGUGACAGUGUUCUUGCCACAGUUGGAGCGUUAUAAGGAACUGAAGGAGCUAGCCAUGAAGCAGGGGGCUAUUCAGAAUCAGCAGGCUGAGAAACUUCACUGGGAGGUGAAUGCCGACCAUGAGAAGAUUGCCUCUGACCAGCGCAGGAAGAAUGAAGUUGAGCGCUGUAUUAAACAGUACCAGACUCAGUUUGAUGACUACACACAAAGAGCAAAUAAACUGGAAGAAUACUCCAAAUCCUGCAGGACCUCCCUGAAUGAGUUACAUCAGCAGGAGGUGAACCUUAGCACGGAGCUCCAGAGUGGGAGCCAGCGCAUUGAGCAGGUCACCCUGGAGCUGGGCCAGGUGCUGGAGGAGCUGAGGACAGCUAAGCUGGACAGCCAGGAGAGCCGCUGGCAGCAGCGGAGGAACGAGGUGCUGAAAGACCUCCGGAGGAUCUACCCCGAUACACUGUAUGGUCGUCUGAUGGACCUGUGCAGCCCCAUCCAUAAGAAAUACCAGCUAGCAGUCACCAAGGUGUUUGGCCGCUACAUGAAUGCCAUUGUGGUGUCCUCAGAGAAGGUGGCGAGGGACUGCAUCCGCUACUUAAAGGAGGAGCGGGCCGAGCCGGAGACCUUUCUCCCCGUAGACUACCUCAACGUGAGCUCUCUGAACGAGCGACUGCGGGACAUGCGGGGGGCUAAGAUGGUUUUGGAUGUUGUGCAAUGUGCCCCCUCAUCCCCCAUUGCCCCCCAGCUGAGGAAGGUAUUGCAGUUUGUCUGUGGUAAUGCCUUGGUCUGUGACACCAUCAAAGACGCCAGAAGUGUGGCCUUCGAUGGGCCUGAGCGACUAAAGACUGUGGCUCUGGAUGGGACCAUGUUCGCUAAGUCUGGAGUCAUCUCUGGAGGCUCCAGCGAACUGCGAAACAAAGCCCGACACUGGGACGAGAAGCACAUGAACCAGCUGAAGGAACGCAAGGAGCAGCUGACGGCAGAGCUACGCGGGCUGGUGAAACUGAAACGGAAGGAUACGGAGCUGAAGCAGAUCCAGGUGCAGGCCCACGGCGUCCAGACCCGCCUCAAAUACUCCCACACAGACCUGGACACUCUCCGCAAGAAGACCAUCCCCACCUGCCAAGCUGAGAUCUCAAGGCUGGAAAGCGAGCUGGUCAACCUGGAGUCUCAGAUCCAGAAGCUGCAGGAGAGUGUGGAGGUGAAGGAGGCCAACAUCAAGAAGUUCAAAUGCAAAAUUGAUCAGAUGGAGGACUUGGUGUUCUCCAACUUCUGUGCUGAGAUUGGCGUGGCCAACAUCAGGGAGUAUGAGCAGGAGAACCUUAAACAGCAGCAGGAAGUGGACAGGAAACGGCUGGAGUUUGACAGCCAGCGAGCGCGGCUGAGCGCCCAGCUGGAGUACGGACGGGAGCAGUUGGAGCAGCAGAGGGCAAAGCUGGGCAAGCUGGAGGAGACCAUUGGCCAAGAGGACCAGAAAGUGGCAGAGCAGAAGCAGGAGGAAGAGAGCCUGCUGGUGCUGGUGGAGGAGUGCCAGAGCGUGAUGCUGGAGCUGCAGAAUAGUCUUCUGGAGAAGAAGACCGAGGUGGCUGACUCCAAGGCCCAGGUGGACCAGAACAUGAAGGUCCUGCAGGAGAGCUCAAGGGAGCUGGUGAAGAGGCAGAGGGAGGUGAUCUCGUCUGAAACUGCCCUGGAGCAGAAACGUCUGGGCAGGCACAACCUGCUCCUGGACUGUAAGAUCCAGGCGCUGCCCAUCACUUUGCUGUCGGGCAGAAUGGACGACAUCAGUGAGGUGCAGCUGGACUCGGAGUCUGAGAGCAUCGGCACCACAAUGGACAUCUACGAGAGGGAGAGUCUCAUGGUCAUCGACUACUCAGACCUGCAAACAAAACUCAAGCACGUGCAGGCUGAGGAGGCGGUGGAGGCCCAGCUGGAGAGGCUGAGGGAGGCUGGAUCGUCUGUAGAGGGGGUCCUGCAGCGCUCCACGGCCCCAAACCUCAAAGCCUUAGAAAAGAUGAGGGAGGUGAAGGACAAGUUCCAGACCGUGGUGGAAGCCUUUGACGCCAGCACCAGAGCAGCCAGGCAGUGUAGCCAAGAGUUUGAGCAGGUCAAAGCCAAGCGCUUUCGCCUCUUUAGUCAGUGUUUCGAACAUGUGUCCAUAGUCAUCGAUCAGAUCUACAAGCAACUAUGCAGGAACACCAGUGCUCAGGCCAUUCUGGGUGCAGAGAACCCAGACGAGCCCUACCUGGGCGGCAUCAGCUACAACUGUGUGGCUCCAGGGAAGCGCUUCAUGGCUAUGGACAACCUCUCUGGAGGGGAGAAGGUCAUAGCAGCCUUGGCACUUGUAUUUGCCAUCCACAGCUUUCGUCCUGCUCCCUUCUUUGUCCUGGAUGAGGUGGAUGCUGCCUUGGACAACACAAACAUUGGCAAGGUGACCAGCUUCAUCAGAGAGCAGUCCAGAGCCAGCCUCCAGAUCAUCGUCAUCUCCCUGAAGGAGGAGUUCUACUCCAGGGCUGACGCUCUGCUGGGGGUCUACCCAGAGUUCAAAGAGUGCAUGUUCAGCCGCAUGCUGACUCUGGACCUGAGUCCCUACCCCCUGGACGAAGACGGCUCCAAAGAGGAGUGAGAUUCAAAGUGCUUAAUGUUGUGUUUACAUCGACUCAAUGAUAGUUUUGUUUAAGAGUUCUGUUUCUGUCAAUAUACAGUCUGUGGAUUUGUAUUAUGAGUGCUCUCAGUGCUUUGAGUGCUUUGAGUACUUUGUACUUCGGUUCUCUAAUGCCUCGGCUGUCAGGGCUGAUGGUGGAUGAUUGGAUUUAUC